UCUGACGUAACUCGUGAAAGUAGAUGUCUUAACGGAGCUCGACGUGUUUGUAGUAAGUGUCCAACAAGCCGCGGCAAGCAAAAUGACGAGAAGUCUGUUUUUAUUACUCGGCCUAGCAGGGGUUAUGUCGAUUCCUGUAGAUGGACCAAUUCGAAUCGACUUACCAGUUUACGAUCAACCACAGUCAGCUUCAAAUAUUCCAUUAGCAGAACCUUUGGAACCAGAAAACCAUCCUGUUUCCAAUACAAAUAAUGACAAAUCAUCCGCUGGAAAUUUUAUAACGAAAGGGUCGGUGUUUAACAUUUUGGGUAACAAAAUUAGCCCAGAGUAUCCUGCCGCUGGCGCUGUAAAUGACGGCGGUAUAUUCUCUCCUCCUUAUACAAAGCUGGAAGGCGCUUUGUUAGAAACGGAAGGUUAUGGUAGCAAGACAUUAUCGAUUAAAGAAAAUGCUCAGAAUAUUGUAGCUGGCAUUCUACAGCCUAAACCCAUAGUGGAUACGAUCAGGGAAGAAGACAAGUACGGGAACGAUGGUGAUAAAUUUCGCAAUGCUGGUAGAGCAAUUGUUGGAGGUGCUGAAGGCAUUUCGAAUUUCAUCAAUUCUAUUCUGGAGGUUCCUGGUAAUAUAAUAAAAAGCAUCACACGAGCUGCUUCAGAGAAGUUAAACAAUAUAGGUGGUAAAUUGAUAGGUUUAUAGAAUUUUUUUUUUAAUUUUAGAGUAAAGGGUACAAAAUCCACCUCGUUUUUUUACAUGCCUAUUAUAAUUCCCAAUAUGUUAGCAAUAGAGUAUAUAUGUAAAGUACGACAAAAGUAACGAAAUAUAUACAUUUCCCCAAACAUCGGCGUAUGUCGUCGAUCCGUUUUAUCGUUGAAGUUCUGGUAUUUAUUUAACUAGCAUUUUAGUAAUGAUGUAACCAUUAUUUUAAAUAUCCAAUAAAUACCGAAACCUACCUACCUAUAUUUUUUGGCAAAUAAAUUUCAUUUUGUUGCCGAAAAUGAUGAGCAAUUAAUGAGCAUAAGUUGUCUUAUACUACUCGUACAAGGGCAAUAAAGGAAUAUUUACGUAAGGGACCUGAAGCAUUACUUUCUGCGAUUUGUCAUAAAAAUGUAUAUUUUAAUUUAAUAAAAUGUUAUUUUUUAUAAUA